UGAUAUGUCAACCAACAUACAUGAGCCAAAUACGCCCACCUAUGCUCAAACACGCCGUUUUCGUUCGUCUGCAUGUUUGUCGAUCCGUUUACCUAUUUGUUUCGUAAUACAAAACACAGAAACAAAAAAGCAUCGCCGUAAAAUGAGAAACUAAAAGACCCUUAAAAUCCACAUAGGGAGACAAACCCCAGAGUAAAGAUUUUGACACCAAAAAACCACACACCGAAUAGCAAUUCGCGCAUACUUACUUCCCUCUAGCCCAGUUUCACCUUUACACACAACGUGAAAAAAACCACGCUCUCCAUGUUUUCCCCCUCCCAAGGUGAAAAGAUGAAAAAAGCGGAGUUUGGAGCAGAGAGCAGGUCAUUAAGGCUUGACACUAACAUCCUUAGCCAGCAUACUAGAGCCGAGAUUCCGAAACUCUCUGCACGAUCUAGUGGGCUCGCGACCUCCGGUGGCGUAGGCCCGUAGUUUCAAACAUGGAGAAAAAAAUUGAAGGAAAAAAAAAAUUUACUUAGCUUGCGCCAUUUAUUUCCCUGGCGCUUGGAGAAAGAAUUGGGAGAAAAGCCUGGUGCCCAGACUCAUGGUAGUGUUGGCGUAGGAUAAGCUUGUUUGGUGAAGGCAAAAAACUCUCCCGAAGUC